AUGUCUCGUCGUCAUGCAGAGCGGGUGCUCUCCCAGUGGCAAGCACUUUCGGCCAUAAUCAAGCAGAAGAAGCAGAUACAACUGCAAGGAGAUUCACUGGAUACUCCGAGGCUUGUGGCCGUAGCUCGCUAUGGGGUGAAGGCCUCGGUCGACGCCCUCCCGCAGGCUGUCCUGGACAAGAUUGAUGGCAGCGUCCAAUUCCUUCGAAAGGCAUUAGAGCAAGGAGAUUCCGUUUACGGGGUGACCACUGGUUUUGGUGGUAGUGCCGACACCAAUACCAAUGAUACAGAUACCCUUCAAGUCGCCCUCCUGCAGAUGCAACUCAGUGCCGUGCUACCCGUUGCCGCCGAGCAGAGACAGGCAAGUACUACGUCCGGACCACGGAAAAUCUACCCCGAUGGAGAGCCCUACAGCAUUCUUUCAAUGCCCGAAUCCUGGGUCCGAGGUACCAUGCUCGUUCGCUGCAAUUCACUUCUUCGGGGUCACUCGGCAGUGCGUUUGAACGUCAUUGAAACGCUGCUCGCCCUGCUGGAAAAUGAUAUCGUUCCUCUUAUUCCACUCCGUGGGAGCAUAUCUGCCUCUGGAGAUUUGAAUCCGCUUUCUUACUUGGCGGGUGCACUAGAAGGCAACCCCGACGUUCGCGUCUGGACAGGUCCUCAUAAUUCCAGAAAGCUGGUCACCGCUGAUGUAGCGCUACGGCAGUUGAAUAUCCGCCCUAUCUCAUUUGGACCGAAAGAAACCCUUGCUAUACUCAAUGGGACUUCAGUCUCUGCUUCAGUUGCAACACUGGCCCUACACCAAGCGGACAAUUUGGCUCUCCUGUCCCAAGUCCUUACGUCUAUUGGCGUAGAGGCCCUUCUAGGAAGAGUUGAAAGUUUCCAUCCUUUCAUUGCCAAUGUACGUCCUCACAAAGGCCAGAUAGAGUCUGCUCUGAACAUUAGUUCCUUCCUAAAAGGUUCGUCGUUAGCAAGGGAUGGAGAGGAAGACGCUGCUAGCGAUGGCAGCUUGCGGCAGGAUCGCUAUGCUCUCCGGACUUCCUCGCAAUGGAUAGGGCCUCAACUUGAAGAUCUCAUGCUGGCACGCGAGCAACUGGAGAUUGAGUUGAACUCGACCACCGACAAUCCCAUGUUUGAUGCACCCGCCGGAAAGGUUCAUCAUGCGGGCAAUUUCCAAGCUGCCGUCAUUACAUCUUCCACGGAGAAAACAAGACUAGCAUUGCAGAUGCUUGGCAAGAUGGUCUUUGCACAGAGCACAGAACUUCUGAAUGUCCAUCUCAAUCAUGGUCUUCCACCCAAUCUAGCUGCCGAUGAGCCAAGCUUAUCAUAUACUCUCAAGGGAGUCGAUAUCAACAUGGCUGCAUAUAUGUCGGAACUCGCGUUUCUUGCAAAUCCGGUAAGCAGCCAUGUGCAGUCGGCGGAGAUGUCCAACCAAGCAAUCAACUCUCUUGCUCUAAUCUCGGCUCGAUACACUCACAUGGCUGUGGACGUCCUGUCCAUCAUGAUGUCUGCUUACCUCUACUCUCUAUGCCAAGCUCUCGAUCUUCGCGUAAUGAACGUUCGUUUCAUGGGACAACUGAAGCCUUCAAUCGAAACUCUCACGACCGAUAUAUUCGGUCGGGUCCUCGAAUCAGUGAAGUUGAACUCGUUGAACAAUUCCAUCUGGGCAACAAUCUCCCACUCGAUCAGUUCUACAACGAUAAAGGAUUCAGCCAACCGUUUUAUCGUUGUUGCAAAGUCGGCGCAAUCAGUCCUGAUCGAUGCCCUAGGGGAUAUCAAAAUGUCAUCUGAAAAUGGCCUUGAUGCUAUGUCCUUGAUAAAGUCCUGGACACAUAAAGCAGCGGGUAUCUCCAAGAAGAUUUUCCUUGAGAACAGAGCCGCGUACCUUGCAAAUCCAGACGCCACUCCAUAUCUCGGUUCUGCGUCAAAGAGGAUGUACAGAUUCGUGAGGCAGGAGCUUCAGGUGCCAUUCCAUCGAGGUCUUGUGGACCACCCGACUGGACACGAAACCCAGGAAAAGAGGUCGAAGCAUAAGAAUACCGGCACGCAGAUCAGCAUCAUCUAUGAAGCCCUCAGAGAUGAGAGACUCAUGGUUCCAGUGAUGGAAUGUGUGAGGGAGGCGGUGGAAGGGGAUAAAGGUUUCAUUUCGUCAAAGCUAUAG